UUGGCGCCCCUAGUCUCCCCUAAAAAAAAAAUUCCCCUGGUCAGGCCGCUCAUCCCCUUCCCGUGGUGGCUGUGCAGAUCGGCGAUUCACCAUGGAUGGCCUCGGGUUCUUCUUUGAAGAAGCAAAAUCAGGAUGAGAACUUUUUUUUCUUGCCCUUUAUUAGUCAAAAAGGAAAUCCUUUUUUACUUUGUAUCCCGCUCCAUGAUUUCUCUGCGGUUGGCUGUGCAGUUCUUCUCCCUCUGCAGCUGGUUGGAUCUGACUAGUUAGGAAUACUGUAUGUGGCGCAGAUUGGUUCCUAGGGUAGAUGCGGGUGAUAUUUUGGGUGGCAGAAUCGAUGUUGUGGAGUCUGUGGUUGCUUCAAUCAAUGAAGCUCGCGGGCGAUCCUCUCAUCUGAUUUUUUCCGAAUCCAUCGAUGGCGGUAGCGGCAAGGAGCAGCUCCGAGGGGUGGACGGGAGUGAGGUCUUUGGUGACUCGAACGAUAUGGCGGCUCAGAAUACGGCCAUUGCAUCCAUGGGAGAGGAGGGGGAUGCAGAGGGUGUGGUCGUCAACAACUCAAAAGGCUCCUGGACUCGACGUGUUAGGAUUGGCAACGCGUCUGAAGAGAGGGAUGCCAACCCAAGCAGAGUCCCUGCCCUUGAGGCUUCAAUGCGAGCUUGUGCAGACACCAAGACCAGCACUGUUGUUAAUCCGGCGCUCGGAACUAGCUUUGACACAGUUGAAGAAGCAUAUGAGUUUUACAACCUAUACUCCUGGGAGACUGGCUUUGGCGUCAGGUAUGCCAAAAGCAGGCUGAACGUCCAUAAAAAUGCAUCCAGGAGUUUGUGUGCGCAUGUGCGGGCAGGCCAUUGCAGUCAAACAGUCGACAAGGUGUGGAUGUGCCGCGUUGAUGCAGGUGCUUAGAUCUGAUGAUAAGGGUUGGUACAUAUGUGAACACAAAACCGAGCACAACCAUGCACUCUUGGUUUAACCGUAUGGAAAAGCUGGACUGGAAAUCGCACCGACACAUAGAUAUACUAGAGACUUGGUGAAGUAGCUAAGGGAAAACAAUAUAAGCUUGAGCAAGGUUUACAGUGUGGUCGGCAGUUUUUUUGGAUCUGUGAAGGAGGUGCCAUUCACGAAAAGAUCUCUCAAAACUCUUUGUGGAAAACUUGAUAGAGAGCAAUUAGAAAAUGAUGCCACAAAAACAAUAGAGGUAUUCAACGCAAUGCGGGCUGAAUCCUGAGUUUAAAUACAGUGUGCAAGUUGACACUGAUGGUCGAGUCAAGACUUUGAUGUGGACAACAGGGAGAAGCAUUGAGCAGUUUAAGUGCUUUUGUGAUGCUGUCACAUUUUGAUACCACUUACAAGACUAAUCUAUAUGACAUGCCAUUUGGUAUUUUUGUUGGUGUAAGCAAUCACUUCCAAA